AUGACUGAAUCAAUGGACAUUGCCUUUGUUAUGGCUGAUACAUCAUUAAGAGAUCCUUUUUUCCCAAAUGUAAAACAUAUGGUUUUAUCGAUUAUUAAUCCUUUAUUACAACAAAAUUAUGAUAUUCGUUUUCGUUUAAUCAAAUUUAAUUCUGGUAAUGGCAUACCAACAAUAUCAACAGUAUAUCCGUUUACAGAUUCAUCUGAAAUUUUUCAACAAUGGCUUCGUACUGGUGAUGAUGGAGCUAUAGGAGCAAAUACUCAAAAUAUAACUAUCUGUGAUGCAUUACGAGAAGCUCUUAAUUCUGAAUGGCGUACAGGAGAUUCUAAUCGAUGCCAUGAAAAUGUUGUUUUUUUGGUUACAGACAAUGUUCCAUGUCCAUAUUUACUUAAUACAACCGAUAAUCGUAAUUAUAAUCGUUUAUGUGCUUGUGAUAAUCUCUGGACAAUUUCUAAUGCAUUUGUUAAAAAGAAUAUUACAUUAAUGGUUGUAGGUGUUGGUCAGAUUACUAGUAUAUGUGAUAGUUUAUACGGUUCGAUAGCUAAAAAUACAGGUGGAGAAUAUAUUCCUUUAAUAAAUGCAAUCCAUGUUUUGCAUUUGGUACUUCAAUCAAUUUUAAUAGAAGGUGAUACAUUGCUACAAGCACUUCGUCAUAUAAAACAAGAAGAAUUCGAAAGAAAUUCAUCCUAUUGUUGUUCAGUAAUACAAAUUGCAGAUUCUUCUAGCAUGAAGCACCGUCAUAUAGCAGCUUGGUUACCCAAUCAUUUACAAUGA